AUCACAUCGCCGCAUCUAACCCUAAACUGUCUGUAAGUGGUUCAGCUGGGCGGAGUGUUUACUGAGGCUGCAGAGCUGCACUGUGGACUUUACGCACAGGGAGUUGGUUGGCUGCUGAUGCUGGGGAGAUAAAAAAAUAGAAAUACACCUUUUAUCUGCCAUCUUCUCUUAUCGCCAUCUCUCCUUUUGUCCACUUCUUCGCAACUGAGUCGACACCGGUGGCUUAUUGGACGCGCUGGAUGGCUGCUGCACUCAGCGAACCGGCGUGAAUCUUUUUAUCUCCAUCAUCAUCUUUCUCUGCCUUGGCGCCUGAAAACAAACCAGCAACUGCAGCAACAAUGACAGACCCGUCAACCCAGGAGUCCUACCCUGUCCCAGACCCGACUAUCGUGGGUCCAUGCCCGGCCACAGUGCGGAACGGCCAGUGCGCCCCGGAUGGCUUCACCAACAACCACCAUCAGCAAACCAAGACCUCCAGCCAGCCCGAGGCGUUAAACACGGGCCAGGAGAUGAAAAUCACAGACAGUGUGGAGGGAGAAGGUCUUCUUGAGAGCAGCAUGCGCCUGAAACCCCACGAGGCUCAGAGCUACAGAAAGAAGGCUCUAUGGGUGUCCUGGGUCUCCAUUGUGGUCACUCUCAUACUGGCUGUGGCAGCUUUCACUGUAUCAUUCAUGAGACACAGCGCAUCAGCCUUUGGAUUUGCCUUUGAUGCCACGCUGGACGUUGUAUCAUCAUUCAUUGUCAUCUGGCGCUACAGCAAUGCAGCAGCUGUGCACUCUGCACACAGAGAGUAUAUAGCAUGUGUCGUUCUAGGAGUUUUGUUCGUCCUCUCCUCCCUGUGCAUCCUGGGAAAGGCCAUCCAUAACUUGGCAACGAGGAUGCCACCAGAAGUGGAUGACUUCCUGUACAGUGUGUCUAUAGUGAGCGGGUUCACGUGUUCGCUGCUGGCUGUAGUCAAGUUCUGGCUAGGGAGAGUGCUAACUAGCCGUGCACUCAUCACUGACGGGUUUAACUCUCUUGUAGGAGCUAUUAUGGGAUUUUCCAUUCUGAUCAGCGCUGAAGUCUUCAAGCAUGAUACUGACGUCUGGUUUCUGGAUGGUACAAUUGGAGUUCUUAUCGGACUCACCAUUUUGGCAUAUGGUGUCAAACUCCUGAGAGAUAUGGUGCCCCGUGUGAGGCAGACAAGGAACUACGAACGUUUUGAGUGAGAGACUCAAAGCGGAUUCACAUCCACAUCCACACCUGGCUGCCUCCUAUAUCUGCCCUCUUUCUCUCUGUCUUUCAUGCACACUACAAUACAAAUUUCACCUGCACAUGCAAUACAUGCCGAUGUUCCCAUGUGCUGUAUAUACUGUACAUAGUACAUGCAUACAUUCAGACAGUAACAAACACACUUGCAAGCAAGCACAAACACAAGACAUUGGAAAGACUUUUAAGGGAAAAGAACAUGAUGGAGACCAACUUAUGGAAAGAAAAGUAUUUCACUUUUGUUCAUGAAUCCACACAUUUAAAAGUUACACCCAAAGUAAGGAAAAAGACUGAGAUACCUGUUAAUCAAUAGGAGAUUUUUAUGGGUUCAUACAGGACAUUAAGUAUUCACUUUGUAGAUUACAGUAACCCCAUCAUUCAGAACUAACCUGCUAGAGAUUACAGUAAAUUGUUGCGCUGUCAUCAGGACAAGAGUAAUGUGUAUCAAUAUAAAAUGUAUCGAUUGGUGAACAUUUCACUCAAAGGUCACAUAUUAUGUAAAAUACACUUAAACAUUUUUUUAUAACACUAAUAUGUGUCCCUAGUCUGUCUACAAACCCUCCAGUUAUGAAAAACAUCCAUCCUCUCAGUCUUUUACCUGCUCCACUUUCAGAAAAUGUUUGCUCAAACAGGUUGUUUGGGGAUUUUCCCUUAAUGA